UGAUUUCCCUGCAUCUAUAUCUAACUUAAUCUAACAUCAGUAUUUCUUUAUAUAUAAACCUCCCAAGCGUUGCGUUCUGUCCUUCAUAGUAUCAACCCCGCCGGGACUCCAUAUCCCAAGUGCCCUGUCGCAAGGAUAACAUCCCUGUCGCCUUUGACGUCACCGCAGUCGCCAAGGCUAUCGAGGAAUAUGGGUUGAAAUAGGAGGCGGAUAGGUAAAUCACAUGAACUGGUAGACUUGCGCCUUCAAAGGCUUCCCAUUUGAAAAUGGGCGGCUACUUGAAGAGAUGGGGUAAGUUGAAGUUGCGAGAUCAGGAUGAUGAUUUGCCACAGUCUUGGUGGUUUGCAUCAACGGCGAUCCCUCUGCUUGCUGCUACGAUAGGGCCGCUGGCGAAUUUAUUGUCUAUUGCUGGCCUUGUCUCCAAGUGGAGGGUUCAACUUCCUAAUAACGGCCAGCUGCCGGAAGGGGCGGAUGACAAUGGAAUCACGAUUCCGGAUCCUAAAUGGGAACUCAUACUCAACGGACUCUCGCUGGCCUUUGGGUUUAUUGGCAAUUUCUUCCUCUUGUGCAAUUUCACAAGGCGUGUACGAUAUAUCAUUGCCUUACCCGCUACGGUUCUCAUGUGGUUUUUAUCGUCUGCCAUUCUGAUCAGCAUUAUCGUCGCCAUGAGUAUUCUCAACCCUCCAAUACGACCUGGCCAAACAUGGUCCCAGGGAUUUUGGCAUGCUAUAAUAGCAUGUGUUUUAUACAACCUGGGAUUUGGCAUGCUCCUCAUCAACAUGGUUGGAUAUCUUUUGGGAAAAUACCCACAAAAUUUCUAUCUCACUGAUUAUCAAAGAACUCUGAUCCUGCAGACCAUGAUGUUCUUCUUGUGGCUUGGUGGUGGGGCUGGGGUUUUCAGCCGAGUCUGCGGCUUCAGUUUCAGCAAUGCGUUAUAUUACUGCGACGUUACCAUCCUGACCGUUGGAUAUGGCGACAUUGUACCGACAAACAAUGCUGGCCGAGGCAUUCUCAUGCCCUAUGCAGUCCUAGGCAUUGUGUUCCUAGGUCUGGUGAUCAACAGCAUCCACAAGUUCGCAAGAGGCAUAUCAAGGAACAAAGUCGUCAAGGCCCACGAAGAACGCAUAAGAGCCGACACGGUUUCGAGGAGCGUGACAAAUGAUGGGCAACUACGGGACCGAUUGGGAUUACCUCCCCCGAAGCGUCGUGAUGGGAACCGUACGCCGCACUCAUUGCGGUCAGUGUCGACAGAGUCCAUCGCACAAUACGGCGAACUGGAUAUAUCCGGGAGAGUUGUGACGUUCAAGCCGAACGGGGCCGCAACAUCGAGCGCAUCCCAUGGCCAUCGCAAACUUACUUUCAAACCUGCCACUUCGAAAAUGAAUGGGCCGGGAGAAGUUUUGAAGAACGGCCCUGAAACAUUAGUGGAGAAACGUCAACGGUUAAUUUACCUGAAAGACGAGAAAGAUAGAUUUGAAGCAAUGCGAUACGUCCAAAGAAACACCAAGAGAUUCAAGCAAUACUACAAGCUAUCGAUGUCGAUCCUUGCAUUCGCCAUAUUAUGGUUCGUCGGCGCGGUUGUUUUUUGGAUAGCUGAGGAUAGGGAGCAGGGGAUGUCUUAUUUUGAGUCAUUGUACUUCUGCUACGUCUCACUGCUCACCAUUGGAUACGGCGAUUUCAGCCCCAAAAGCAAUGCUGGCAAGGCAUUUUUCGUCUUCUGGUCUCUAGUUGCCGUUCCUAUCGUAACAACCUUAAUCUCCGAUAUGAGCGACACCGUCAUAUCGGGUAUUAAUCACUGGACCAAUACGCUGGCCGACUGGACCAUCAUGCCCCGUGCUGGUGUCGUCCGAGAAUUCGUCGACUCUCAUCCUCGGCUGAAGAAUUGGAUCGAGGAGCGGCAGCAUAAAAAAGAAGAGAAAAAAAGAGUUGAGCGUGGGUUUGUGGUCCAAAACCAAGAUCAGGAGGCAGGAGAAGCAGCUGCCGAUGACGUAGAGAACCCAACGAUAGAGAAGUUCAUCCAUGAAGGCAUGUCAAGCCAUGAAAUCCUCAGGAGGCUAGCUAUUGCUAUUAAGAAAGCGGCGCAGGAUAUGCAGGUUUCCCCGCCUAAACGCUAUUCGUAUGAAGAAUGGGCCGAGUUCACAAGGUUGAUCCGGUUUACGGCAGAGUCGCGGGAACAGCUGAAGGAGGAAGAGCAGCAGAAGGGUUUCAUAAAUUGGGAUUGGAUAGGGGAAGACUCGCCCAUGCUGUCAGAUAUGCCUGAGUCAGAGUGGAUUCUCAACCGACUCAUUGAGUCUAUCAAUCGCUACACGGCGAAACAGGCACAGGAGGAUCGUAAGGGAGAUGACAGGAAUGAACGCAAUAGGUAUUACACUCCAUCAGGGGACAGGCAGGGCGAUGAGAGAGAAGCAAGUCACAAACAAGACCCAAUUGAGCGUGAAGCCGAGGCUGUUGUUAAUACGGGACAUGGCGCAAAUAAUUAAGAGGAGGAGGGCACAGCGUCUACAAAUACAGACACCAAGGAUCACGCUGUCUCAAAGGAAGACAAAAUGUAGGAUGCACGAGGGUGUAUUUUUAAGGCAUCAAUUUUUGUUCAUAUGUUACAUAUACCCCGAUCACGUCUAUCAAAGACGAGGGACUAUUUACCAAAAACCUAAUUCUAUCCAAUCUAUCAAAGACGGAUUGCCAGAAUAUCCCCUAAACGCCCCCUCUCUCUCACCAUAAUCAUCAUCAUCAUACCCGACUUAGUUCGCAGCACCACCCGCAAGCCCGCCCAAAGCACCCUUAACACCCGCAAGCGCAUCACCAGCCUUAGCUCCAAGUCCGGCGAGAGCAUUGCCAGCGCCGCCAGCUGCUCCACCGGCGCCACCGGCGCCACCGAGGAGGCCGAGGAGGUCACCGAC